GGCCGAACGGUGAUGCAAGCCGCUAUAAAACCCCCUCCCCGCCUUCGCGCCCGCCCGUGGGCAGGCACGGAGGGGGGCGGGCGGGGACGGGAGCCCGGAGCGCCGCGGCCAGGCGGCAGCCGCACGGCCCCUCCUGCGAGGUACGCGGGGCCGGGACCCCCGCCGGGGCUGGGAGGACCGUGGGGGGGCGGGAGGGCUUGGGCCGCGGCCCUUCCGUCUGGCAUCGUUCGCCGAGGAGCGAGAGUGAAGAUGAGUGGCGAAGAGAUUCUCAUGUGUGCAGUGCAACUUGGAAAAAACUUCUGCCUCUAUUUUGCAGACGACGAUGGGCUGGAAUGCGAUGCCUUUUGUAAGGAAAGAAUUCUCCACAGAGUCCUUCGAAAUGUGAAUAGCCAGCUGCUUGUGGUUCGGCCAGAUUUAAACAUGGCAGCUUUUGAAGAUGUGACAGAUCAGGAGAUGAAAUCUGGCCAUGGAAUGCACUUCAACAUUCACUGUUACAAAACUACCACACCUUCAGCAGGGUUGCCUGUUGCAUUCAGCAUCAAGAUAGAAGAUAAAAAUUAUUACAUGUGUUGUGAGAAAGAACAUGGAGAAAUGAUAGUUCGAUUUAAGGAAGGAGAAGUUCCCAAAGAAAUUCCUGGUGAAAGUAAUGUCAUCUUUUUCAAAAAGACAUUUACAUCUUGUAGUGCCAGAGCAUUUAAGUUUGAAUACUCACUAGAACGAGGAAUGUUCUUGGCCUUUGAGGAAGAAGGCUGCUUAAGAAAAUUAAUUCUAAAGAAACUGUCAAGAGAAGAUGAAGUGGAUGAAACCAUGAAGAUAAGUUUCUAACUUCAGUCAGAAUGAAAGUCACAACCUGUGACAUACUUCAACAGUUUUAAAAUACAUUUUGGCUUUUUAUAAAAUAAAUCUUUCAUUCUUUCUUCA